AUGGCUCCCGGUUUGAGGAAUGCGCAUCCCGAACUGGGCGAACUGGGCGGCGGAGCGGGCUCGGUGGAUGGGUGCCGGCCGCGGAGGACAGAUAGCGGAGGAGACGGGUGUCUUUUGACUGCCGGGUGUCGGGCCGGAGGACCGGGGAUGCUGGCCAACUGUGCGCUGGUCAUGGGGACGGUUCUACUCGUGGUCCAGUGCGCCCUGGCCGCAGACGAUGAAACCACCUAUGAUGCCUCUGGCUCCUCCUCUUUACCCAGCAGUCCUGCACUCACAGUUGCUCUUGCUCAGCCAAUGAUCAAUGUGUCUUUGGCAGAGGAGGUGCCUCUUUCAGUCCUCCAUCCUGAUGGCAGGGCUGUGUCUGUUGGUGAAGGGUUGAGAGGGAAGCCUGCAUUCUCCUCUAUUCUAACCUUCCUGGCAGGAACUGCCAAACAUCCACUGAGCCUUGUCCAAAGCCAAGCUUCGCCAACCAUCACCAGAGACGAGAACCACACCAGUCAAUGGCCUUCAGAUGUUUCCAGCCAGGGCUCAGAGAUCUCUCCCUCAUUCUCCUCUGUUGGACCCAGUAUGAACCAAUCCACCAGCUCAGCUGACCAGAAUACAUCCAGAGAGACGGGUCUUACUUUCCCCAAAGAGAACAAGACCAGUCUGACUCCUUAUCAAACAGUAGGUUUUACCCCUCUGGUCAGGCCCAUGGAGACAACAUCUCAGGUAUCACCGCCGACCCCUCGACAGGACACCACGACUGCCUCUCUACAGCUUAGCACCAUCUCAGUAGUGCUGACCACCAAAACUAACCCCCCCGCCGCAGCACCGUCUGCGAUAGUCACCGCCGCCACUGCACAACCGGUCACUGCUACCCCGCCACAACCUACCCUGACCACCAGGAGACCCACAACCGUUUUAAUAUCCAGGAAUCCGGUCACGAGGAGAACAUUCAGCCCUCCUUUCCUGAGGACAAGCCCUCCCAGAGGAGCUGCCACCACCCUCAUCCUCUCCCCAUUCACCACCACCACAGAGGCCCCGCCACAGCAGUGCAAUAUCACAGAGAGGAUGUGGGUGAAAACGGUUGUGUCUAUCUAUGUGAGACGGAAUCGACUGGACACCAUUCAGAGACAGAACCUGCGCAGGGGGCUGAGUCAGGGCCUGCAGAAAGCGCUGAAUGAUAGCACCGCCCAGGCUCAGGUGGAGACUGUGUUUGGCUCCCCCAACAUGACAGUGGCUUACCAUGUGACCGGACGGGACAUGGUAUAUCCUCCCUCUCUGGUGCUGGAGGGCCUGGGCUCCUAUGGCCGUGAUAGGCUGAUUGCGGACCUGCGACAGUACCUUCCCAUGGUAACAGCCCUGCCCCUCCCUGCUGCAUUAUGGAGAUCAAACCCAGCCCCAGGCUUCCAGCUCAAAACAGUGCUGCGGUUCGUUGGAGCGGGUGAUGACCCGAGGUCCUGUCGGUUCACUCAAAUGAUGGAGCAAAGGCUUGAGAAUGUGUUUUCUGAGGCACAGGCCAAAGUGCUCAACACCCACAGCAAACUCUCUGUUCAGAUCUUGAGUGUGUCCCAGGUAGCGGGCUCCCCUGCCGUCUUACUGGUCUACGCUGUGAGGAAUGGGACCAGCUUCCUCAAUGGCACUACUGCUUCCAACCUCCUGGGUCAGCUGACAGCUGAGCUGGUGGGCUACUUCCUCUUCUACCCACCUCUUAUCAUUGCAGAGCCUGUGGAAUACCACAAUCUCAACACCUCCAUUGCCACCAGAGACUUCUGGGUAAUCACAGUGAUCCAGGAUGUGGAUAACUCCAGCCUGGACAGACAGUACCAAAGCUUUGCCAGUCUAAUGGAGCAACGGCUGGCGGAGCUGUUCGUGGUGGCGGGCCAGCAGGGGAGCCGCUUCAAGAGAGCCACCACCGUAGGCAGCUACACUGUCCAGAUGGUGAGCAUCCGAAGGGUUGCAGGGUUGAAGAGCCCCGCGGAGAUGACCUACUACGUCCAGCGAAACAGCACUCCGUUAAUGGGCACGUCUGCCGCCAAGGUCCUGAACACCGUGGACUCUCAGAUCAUGGCCCUCACCCUGGGUUACUUUGUCCAGCUGCAGGCAGAACCUGUGGUCAAAAACCCUCCUAACAACCUGUGGAUCAUAGCAGCAGUGUUGGCUCCCAUUAGCGUAGUCACACUCAUCAUCAUCAUCAUCACCGCUGUGCUGUGCAGGAAGAACAAGAAUGACUUUAAAGCCGAUGCCAUGGGCAACCUCAACCUCAACCCUCGUGCUAAAAUGGCGUAUCGGAGGGAUGUGGGCUACUACCACCAGCCAGUCCAGGGUUUUGACUAUGCCAAGCAGCACCUAGGCCAGCAGGGAGGUGACGAGGAGACCCUUCCUGUCACUGAGGACACCCUGGUGAUGUCCCGACCCAUCAGGGACACGACGCUUUCUCUAGAGAAGGCCUUGCAACAGGACGGCACCAUCAACAAGAAGAACCUCACCACGGACAUCCGCAAAAGCAGGCUGCCGAGCGAGGAUGGUUCCAUCAUCAGCGACGAAUCAGAGAAGCUGAAUUCCGGCAGGGGCCUGACGGUGCAGAAAGUCACAGCGCAGCAGAAACUGACAAAGGAGGAGAGCUGCAAGAGGGACGAUCCAUAUGACACCUCAUCUGGCUCCCUGCAGCUCAUUGCCAUAAAGCCAAUGGCAGCUCAGCCCACCUACUCUCACCCGACAUCCUCUGACCGCAGCCACGACUCGGCAAUCCUCAAUGGAGAGGUGAGCCUGGCCCUGAAGCAGAAGUCAGACAUCGAGCACUACAGGAACAAGCUGAGGCUGAAGGCCAAGAGGAAAGGUUAUUAUGAUUUCCCCACGGCCGACGGCAGCAGCAGUGGCGGCGGCAGGGUCCCGCCGCAGGGGCAGCGGCAGGGCCACGACUACGAGCGGGCAACCGGCGAGCAUGGCAGAGCCAUGGAGCCCGACGAAGACCGGGGGUCGACCUACGUCAAGUCUCGCAGAAGACACUCCCAGGUGGGGCAGCCGACAUAUCGCAGCAGACAGAGCCUGAACAGCCCCAGCCCAGGAGGGACAGAGAUGGACCUCCUUGUGAUGCGGGAGAGACCAAGGAGAGGCAUUCGCAACAGUGGCUAUGAUACGGAGCCUGAGUUGAUUGAGGAGACGAAUGUUGACCAUUUAAUGGGGCCAAGGGGAUUUAUGUAUGGCCGGGCAUUCAAAGCCCAUUCGCAGACAUCCACUCUGAGCUCACAGCCCUCUAUUGAUGAGGUGCGACAACAGAUGCACCUGCUGCUGGAGGAGGCAUUCAGUCUGGCUUCAGGGGGCCACUCCACAUCUGGUCGGCACUCCCACUCCCACCACCACCAACACUCCAACCAUCAUAACCCACACUCCAGCCACUACAGCCCCGCGCCUCCUCCCCUGCCCUACACAGAUGUUGUGACGAGCGCCCCCGGCACAAUGAGCCCUGGACGGGGAGGCCUGCAGUGGGUGCCAUCAUACGGGGCAGAUAUGUACCAGUGCAGCCUUCCAAAACCUACCUUUCGCUUCACCCAGCUCCCUGACAUGGCUAUGGGCUCUCCCCCACCACCUUUACCACCUCGCACCGGCCCCCCUCCGCAGACCUUAAGACGGUCAUCUUCGGACUUGGGGCCUAAGGGUAGGAGCUCUGAGACAUCUGUCACUGACAUACAGUCUCAACAUGACAGCAACCCCUACGGUCCAGUCUCCAGACCAGCGCUCACAUCUGUCACUGCAGAGCAGACUCUAUCCAACUACUCAGGAAACCCAAUAACAGCUGUUUAUGCCAUCCCAGCCACAAGACAUGGCCUCUCAGAAUACUACACACCACCCACCUCCUACAGGAGCCCCUCCUGGAUGUCCUAUCCACCCGAGCCUGAGGAUGUACCACCACAGUGGGCAGAUUCUGUGCCCCUGCCGGGGUAUGUGGAGGCUUUCCCCCAUCCCCGCUACCCACAGAGCAGUCCCGCCAGACUGCCCCUGCAGUACAGCCAGGCCGCGGAGCAGCCCCCAACUGCCCCCACCACAGUGUCCCAGCAAAGCCUACCAGCUCAGACUGGGAAGAACAUGGACAGCAUGCCUCUCAGCAGCCUCUCCACCUCUGCACUAGUCCAAGCUAUCCGCCAGGAGGUGGCCAAACUGGCAAAGAAGCAGAAUGAUAUGUUUGAGUUCCAGGUGUAACUCGGCCCCCGCUCCCCUGGUGUCUGGGAGGAGGUGCACAGCAUGUUACUCUUAUUUCUUCUACAAACACAAUGGUGCAACUCCUUCAGACAAACAGCUUUUCGAUGUUUGUACUAUAAGGACGGACUGAUCUUCUUUACCCUGCUCAUUUUUUUUCAAAUUCUUGUCAAACCUCCUAACUAAAAGGUUCUAGAUGGUGAUGGUUUACUGAAACAAACUAUCAGUCAAGUUUUAUCAAUGAUGUCUCAACUACAUGCAACACUUUGUUGUAGAUAUAUCAAUAGGAAACUCAUUUCAUUUUAUCUUUUCUCCAGAAUCAGGCAUUUUUGUGAAUCGAUGCAAAUUGAGGGGAGGGAAAGUGGUAUUGUCCUGUUUGUACUGAGAGGACCAAACUUACUCUGAAUAGAGGUUUAGGUAUUGAACACAGUGUACAUAAUCAUGUACAGAGUAAGAAUAUGUAUCCUAUCUCUUUUUAUAGGGCAUCAGUUUGAACAAAAUGGGCUGCAUUAUAAUAUUGGUUAACUAGGCCUUCAUAGUGUUAUGUCAUUCUGCAAAAUCAGGUUUUGAAUUCUCUACUAUACUUUAUAUCUGGUAUAAAAUUGUAAAACCAGAACAGUAACAAUGCAAAUGGGACAUCUUAAGUGGUCUUGUAAUUUUCAAAACUUUAAACAAUUGUGCUAGUUCCAAAUUUCCUAGAAAUUGAAUAAAAAAGUUGGUUUUAUCUGCUUUUAUGGGUAAACCCAACACGGUAUGCAACGGCCUAAAUAACGGUACAUCCUCAGUGGCUUACUUCAUGUACACAUAAAUGCUGGUGAAAAUUGUUGCUUCAGCAUUCUGAAAUAAAUUUAAGCUAACAUCCUUGCUUCAUUUGUUUUGGUGUACAUUUAAAGCUACACUGACUUGAAAAAGGUAAAAAUUUAUUCCAGAAUGAAUAAGUGGUGGUUACUGUAUUGGUAAUGUAUGCAAAUAAAAUAUACGUACU